CAUGCUGUGGCAAUUAUCCUGGAAGACUUUGUGCAGUCGGAUCCGAAUGGCCCCGCUCUUAGUCAGGUUCCUCUCCAGUUCUUAUUAGAUGUUUACAAGUCAAACGUGACAUGCACCACUCGCCCAGAAUUUUCACCUCCCAGUCCCGUCGACAAGAGAUGUAUUCCUAUCAAGCCGGGUACCCAGUAUAAUGCCACGCUCAGAGUCAGGCAAACUUCGCAGUUCAACAGAAUCAGAGACUUCACUUUGACAUCACCGAUUGGCAUGGUAAAGGGCCUUAUCAGGCAGUUCAGUGAGAACGGAGCCUAUUACAGUGAGAUCUGGGUGAAGUGGACACCGAACCGUGAACAGUAUGGACAGCAUGUACUCUGUUGCCUAGCGGAAGAUUCUCAGGGGCAAACAACUCCUCAAAUAUGUGUUACACUGCUGGCGGGUGCAAGUGCCCCCGAGAUCAUCCCAGGCACCGCGGAGCCCAGUGUGUCACGCGGGAAAACAGCACCGUAUUUCCGAGCAACGUUUUCUAUUGACUUUGACCAGCAGAUCCUCAGGCCGUUGCAAGGUAGCAAGGCUGCCAUUCGCAUCAACGAGGUGAAGAAUGGCACAGUGGUAAGACCCGCUGUGUUCUCCCUUAGUCCACACGACGCCAUCCUGAAACAGCACCCGAUUUAUCUAAACCACUAUCAGCUUAUAUUCUACGUCACAACGAAGCUGAAGAUUGAUGCAACAUAUUCCAUUACCAUGGACAAUGGUUUCGUGGUAGGGCAGCAAAGCUGUACAGGCGGAGGGGCGCCAUUUUUCGGCAUCCAGGACCCGAAUAGAUGGCAAUUUGUUGCCGACCACACAGUUGGAAACAUAUCCGAUUGCGGACGAAACUCCUCACAAUUCUUUACAUAUGGCACAAGGGUGAAUGACACACAGCUUUUGCUUGGCAAUGGAACAUCAUGCGUCACAAGGCAACUGGCAAACUCGGCAAAUGGAUUUCCGAUCAAUGACACCCAGCAUAACAAAGUGACAAUCUGUGAGAAUGGACUGAUCAUGCUGGAUCAAGAUCAACCCAUCCGCCAUCCCCAGCUGUUCCCAGGAAACUGGACCACACAGCCAACAAUUCUGGCACCCUACUGGUGCUUGGCUGACAACUCGUACUCCAAGAAUCUUCCAGAUGGUCUCAGAUCUCAUGUCUGGUAUCAUUUCUACGACAGGCAGGUGUCCUCGGAGAAGGCAAUGCUGGAGGAAAUAGAGAGCUUGAUCCUUGCUAAAGAGAGGAAUACUGACAAAUCAUUCUACUUCACCGCAACAUGGGCAGCAAUUGUAACAUGGGAGAGAAUCACGCCCUACCCAAGCCGCUACAAGUACCAAUUGCUGUAG